AUGGAAGGAUUGGACCAGGACCAAGUUGGCCACAUCACGAACCUCAAGAACCUCAUCAUCUCUCAAGCACAAGCUCUUUGGGGCCCAGGGUUCUCCUACAACGACGGCCGAUUCGAUGUCAUCUUCAGCCAGCGCGGAGACGAAUACGUCGUGCAGCUCAUUGUGUACGCCCUGGAAAAUGGCUUCUCCUCGUGGGAACUUCUCAUGGAUGGCCGCGCCGGUGAUGAGUUCUGCGCGGCCAUGGAGGCCCUGUGGGGCAAGAUUCAGACCAAGAUUUCCGAGAUUCCUGAGCUGUCUCAGGGUGAAACGUACGGUGGCAAACCAGAACAUAGAUAG